CGCUGCCGCGGCGGCCAUGGCGGGGCCGGGGCUGAGCGAGCGGGAGCGGGCGGGCUGCCGGGCCCUGCUGGAGCUGCUGAGCACCGAGGAGCUCAUGGCGCUUACCGACACCGUCACCAGCCGCAUGGUGCACCCGGAGAGCCGGCAAGAAGCCAUUCACGCCAUUCUGGUUUACAGCCAGAACGUGGAAGAACUUCUGAGACGCAGGAAGGUUUAUAGAGAAAUAAUCUUUAAGUAUUUGGCAGCACAAGGAAUUCCAGUCCCUCCUUCCUUGGAGAAACAUCUGCUCAUUGACCGUGUGAGGCAGUUCUGGAGUGGGCAGCUCUCAGCUCGAGCCUUGGAGUCGGGGCAGACAAAACCACAUGCAGAGAGUCAUGGAGAGGGAGGAAAGCCACCAGAAGAUGACAUUGGUGGUCUGGGAGGACAAUUCUGUCAGUGGUACUUUGAACUCCUGAACUCUCAACAUCCCUUGGGAGUAACAUGUGAAGAUACAUGGGGACCACAGCAUUUCUGGGAGGAUGCCAGAAUGAAAUUCUGCUAUGACACUUCAGAAAAGAACAUGGAACAGUACGUUGGUGCAGACAUGGUGAGCCUGCGGCUGCUCUCCUUGGUGAAGGAGGAAUGUCUUCUCUUCAACCCCAACCUGCAUGGCAAUGGCCUCAAAUAUGCCAUGUCUCCUCAUGGCUUGGUGCUGGUGGCAGUGGCUGGCACAGUGCACAGAGACAACACUUGUUUGGGCAUCUUUGAGCAAAUCUUUGGACUCAUCAGCUGCCCUGUCAGGAAUAACACCUGGAAAAUAAAACUUGUGAAUCUUAAAAUAGUCGGACAGAAUGCUCUGGAGCCUGGGAUGCAGAUUGAGAAACCCUCCAUAAAAUAUGAGCUGAACCAACUGAGAGAGUUCUAUGAUGGGAAGGAACUGACCGUGUUUGAACCUCAGAAAUUCUGAGAUUUCUCAGAAAUUUUUUCACACUGGGUGAGGGGUGGAUGCUUGCACCCUUUUCUGAGUGAGACUUUCUGGGUGGCACACUGAGAUAUGAAGUCUAAAGUAUUAACACAGGGAUUACUUGUGGGCACCUUUCCAAAAGCUAUCACAUAUUUCAGAGUAUUACUUCAGGUUUUGCACUGCAGAGUGGAGUUAGUUUGGUUAUCCUGGUACAAAACAUGGUUACAUUUCACUGUGGGCUGGCAGGAGUGUGGAACAGGUGACCUGGGGUUCACAAACUGCACAUUCCUUCUCUUCAAGACACCAGUUUAAACUCUUACCUGAGAUGGAGUAGGA